AUGGAGCAACAUUCAGACAACAAUAAGGGCUCUCACAAGGCAUGUGACGCCAAAAGUUCGAAUUCUGUCGCUCAGAGGUUCUUCGAAAAUGCCGGGGCCCAACGCGUGAACACAGACGCACACAUUUUUAGCCGUCUCAAGAUUCAACAUUCAGGCAUCCAUAUCACUGUUGUUCCCGAAUGGAACAGCAAUUUAAAAGCCUACGCAGCCACAGGUAAUGCCAGUAUUGAAUCGGCACAAAGCGACUCAAAUUACUGGCCCGAUUCACUGAAAUGGACCUUAUUUAUGCCACCUCUCAAACGUCUCGACGGAGGCAAUGGGGUGGUGGCGGAAGAGGCCUUCUUCGAAUCUUACCUGUACAAAUGGCAGAACAUGACUUUUCUAGUCUACCUUGUCGACGGCCGUGACGGUACAGAGGCCUGGCCUCAGACCCGCAACCAGUACAUUCUAGGCGACAAGUCUGCCGUUGAGACAUUGAUUGCAACAGUCGGUCGUUGGCAAGCAUCACUUCACGAUGAAGUCUGGGUCUUCGAGGGAUACUGGUACAAAGAUUCCCAGCUGUACGAAAGCGUCAUGAAAUCACGAUGGGAAGACGUCAUCCUCGACGAAGGCAUGAAAAAAGACCUCGUCGAGCUUGUCGACCGAUUCUUCAGCUCUCGCGAACAAUAUCACCGUCUUCGCGUACCGUGGAAACGAGGUGUCAUCUUCUACGGUCCCCCAGGGAAUGGCAAGACACUCUCGAUCAAAGCGACCAUGCGGACUCUGUACAAACGCAUCCCAUCCAUUCCGACCCUUUACGUCAAGCUGCUCCUGAACCAGUUCAGCAUUGAGAGCGUGUUUACCAUGGCACGACGAGAGGCGCCGUGUUAUUUGGUGUUUGAAGAUCUCGACAGUCUCGUCACCGACGAACUGCGCAGUUUCUUCCUCAACGCCGUGGAUGGAGUGUCUGAAAACGAAGGCGUGUUCAUGAUAGGAAGCACAAACCACAUCGAUCGUCUUGACCCCGGCAUUGCAAAGCGGCCGUCUCGAUUUGAUCGGAAGUUCCUGUUCCCCAACCCAAACUUUGACGAGAGGGUGCAGUACUGCCAGUAUUGGCAGAAGAAAUUGAGCGACAAUAAGGACGUUGAGUUCCCGGAUGCAAUUUGUCCAGCAGCAGCGAAGCUCACGGAUGGGUUCUCGUUUGCGUACAUUCAAGAGACGUUCGUGACCGCGUUGUUGUCUAUCGCGAGAGAUCCCGACGGUGGCGAGCGAAUGGACACUAAUGAGGUAGACGACUUGCAGGAUGCUUGGGAUAUGAUUGACCUGGUGGACGGACAGAUGAUCAAGACAAGCAAAGAGAAGGGCUUAGACGAUUAUGUCCUUUGGCGGAACUUGAAACACCAGAUUGAGCUGUUGAGGAAAGAGAUUGAUGAUGACGAUGAUUCGAGGGAUUGAA